AUGCAUUGGAAGAGGGAAAUGAGUGACCUGGUCCUGGCAGUGUACAGUAUCACGCUGAUCAUGGGCCUUCCUGCUAAUCUGCUGGCCUUCUACACCUUUGUCCAAAAAGUGAGGCGGAACGCCAAACCCAUUGAUGUGCUCCUGCUCAGUCUCAACAUCUCAGACCUGGUCUUCCUCUUCUUCCUCCCCUUCCGCAUGAAAGAAGCGGUUGACAUGAAAUGGAAUUUCAGCUACUUCUUUUGUGCAAUGUCAACGUUCAUCUUCUUCACUGCCAUUUACAACAACACCUUUCUCUUGACGGCUAUCAGUGUGGAGCGUUACCUCGGAGUGGCCUUCCCUAUUUGGUACAAAAUCAAGCGGCAUCCUUGCAAUGCUGUGAUGGCUAGCGUCAUUUUCUUGGUGUUAUCAAUGGGACAUUGCAGUAUUAUCUUCAUCGUGCAAUACCGGAUCCCCACCAACACCACCACUCAACUUGUACAAAACGCUUGUUAUGCAGAGUUCAGUAACGAACAAUUGAAAGUCCUCAUGCCUGUCCGUCUGGAGCUGUUUGUGCUUUUUUUCUGCAUCCCUUUCAUCAUCUGCUGCUUCUGCUACAUCAACUUCAUCCUCAUCCUUUCCCGACUGCCCAACGUCAAUCCCAAGAAGCGUUUUAGGGCGAUUGGGCUCGCUCUUGCUACUCUCCUCAUCUUCACCAUCUGCUUCAUGCCCUACAGCGUGUCCCACGUGGUGGGUUAUAUUGAGUGGCACAGUCCCCACUGGAGAGAGUAUGCACUGCUCACAAGCACCUUUAACGCCAGCCUGGAUCCCUUCAUCUUCUAUUUUUCCUCUUCAGCACUUCGAGAGACACUAAAACUCUGCACACGAGGACUCCUAAAAAGAUUGUCCUGCUAUCCCAAAGCACUAUACAGUCACAACUCAACUGACCAAUAAAUUUUGGAGUUCCAAUUCUAUUUAAGAGCUCCACAGUGUCCGGCAAAAUUCCUGGUUGGCACGUACCCAUCCCCUGGGACUCGAUGAGAGCCAGCAGGAAAGUGGAGCUCAGAUGAAACCCCCUGAAGACAGUGGGGAGAGGAUGAAAUCCACA